AUGGCCUACACUCUCUACAAUUACACGCCGUCGCUGGCCGCUGCCGUGGUUUUUGUCCUUCUCUUUUUCACUUUAACAGUCGGGCAUAUAUUUCUCGCCUGCAAACAUAAACUCAAGUUUUUGAUUGCCUUUAUCAUUGGGGGUGUCUUUGAAGCAGUUGGUUAUGGUGCACGAGCAGUCAAUGCGCACGAAGCACCAAGCUAUUCGACCAUGCCGUAUGCUCUCCAAAGUUUAUUCAUUCUACUUGCACCGUCUUUGUUUGCCGCAUCGAUCUAUAUGAUUCUCGGUCGCAUCAUUCGCUUGACCGAUGGAGACUCCCGAUCCAUGGUUCGCGGAACCAGGUUGACCAAAAUCUUCGUCUCGGGCGAUGUAUUGUCGUUCUUCGUCCAAAGUGGCGGUGGUGCAAUAAUGUCCAGUGCCAAAACCGCAAGUAAACUGAAGCUCGGAGAAGAUGUUAUCAUUGUGGGUCUCAUUAUCCAAAUCAUCUUCUUUGGCUUCUUUGUUGCUGUAUCAGUCAUUUUCCACCAGAGGAUGUCCAAUAACCCAACUUCGGCUGCUAUGGGGAGUUCGUUUGACUGGGUGCGCUACAUGAGAGUCUUGUACUUUGCCAGUGCCUUGAUUAUGGUUCGUUGUCUCUACCGAGUUAUUGAGUACAUUCAAGGAUCCACGGGCUUUCUGCAAAGUCAUGAGUACUUGGCAUAUAUCUUUGACGCGUGUUUGAUGAUGUUCGUCAUGGGCGUAUUCGUUAUUUUUCAUCCCAGCCAGAUCUUCGCUGGCUACCAAGUGAAAUCUGAUGAAACCGAACUGAUCUACGGGCGGCACGAUUAUGUGCAGCAAGCUUGA